AUGUCUACGGCUUCGAUAAUCGAGCCCAAGGCGGCGACAGCGACGAAUGGGACGCAGCCCAAGACGAGCACCGAUGCAGACGGGCCGGCCAAGUCGCCCAAGGUGCGGUUUGCACCGCUGCGGGUGCCGCUGCGACGACGGAAGCAGACGCUGGCGGUGCUGAUCCACUGCACGAGCAUCAUGGUAUCGCUGCCGCUCUUUUUCUUCUGCUGCGCGGUGCCGCUGGCGUGGCCGCUGCUGAUUCCGUACAUGCUGCACCUGCUCUUCUCAACCGCCGCCACGGACGGCCGGCUGCACUGGCGGUCGGAGUGGUUUCGGUCGCUGCCGCUGUGGCGCUGGUUUGGGGCAUACUUCCCAGCACAGCUGCACAAGACGGCCGAUCUGGCGGCCGAGCGCAAGUACAUCUUCGGGUACCAUCCGCACGGCAUCAUCUCGCACGGGGCGUGGGCGUCGUUUGCGACCGAGGGCCUUGGCUUUGCGGCCAAGUUUCCCGGCAUCACCAACAGCCUGCUGACGCUCGAGUCCAACUUCAGCAUCCCCUUCUACCGCGAGUACCUGCUUUUGGCGGGCAUCCGCUCCGUGUCGCGCCAGUCGAUCGUCAACCACCUGAGCCGCGGCGGGCCCGACGGCCACGGUGCUGGCCGGGCCGUGACCAUUGUCGUCGGCGGUGCGCGCGAGUCGCUGCAGGCCAACCCCGGCACCAUGCGACUCGUUCUGCACGGCCGCUACGGCUUCAUCAAGGUGGCCAUGGCCACCGGCGCCGACCUCGUCCCCGUGCUCGGCUUCGGCGAGGUCGACCUGUACCAGCAGCUCCAGGGCGACGCCCAUCCGCUGCUGCACCGCUUCCAGCUGUACGUGCUCAAGGCCUGGAAGUUCACUCUGCCAUUCAUGCGCGGCCGCGGCAUCUUCAACUAUGACUACGGCCUGAUGCCCUACCGCGUGCCGCUCAACGUCGUCGUCGGCCGACCCAUCGCCGUCGACAAGGCCACGCCCGGCGCCCUGGACCCGGCCGAGGUCGAGCGCCUGCACGGGCUCUACGUCGCCGAGCUGCAGCACCUCUGGGACGAGCACAAGGAUGUGUAUGCCAAGGACCGCGUCGAGGAGAUGCAGAUUCUCGCCUAG